AUGAGUUCCUUAGGUAGCAAGACCCCAGACUAUGGUGAUGACUUCUCAUUUCAGCCCACAGUCCAGCCCAUCGACUUUGAGGCUCUGGUUAAGAGCCUCGCACAGAGAGCCGCUGCGUCCGACGUUCUGCCUGCGCCCAGGGUCGCUGUGGAGAAGAGUAUCGAGGAGACAUACACGACGGCUGAGUCCAGCUUGUACCCGUCGCAAGUGCUCCAGUGGAGCAGACUCGCGUUCCAAGAGGGAAUGAUCAACGCUACUACCGAGGUACUAAGCGCAAAUCUUUCUGUCCUGAUUGACGAUGACCACGUCAACGGAGAAUACCAGUUUACACUUGCGGAGAAAGAUGAACCAGAUGAACGGUGUGAGAACUUACGGCAAUGUGUACACGAUGGGCUAACAAACAUUCAGGACACCAUGACCCACCCGGCCUUCAAAGACAGAGUUGAUUCUCUUGACAUGCUGAUACGGCUCUGCUCGGCCAUCAGCGAUCAGUGUUACUUGAUCGUCAUGCAGGUCAGGCAACUUGCUGUUGACCACAACAACGAUCAUAACGGAUGGACAGAAGCAGCGAGAAAGGUUACGGCAAUCCUUGAGCCGAUUACUGCGGUGAUAUUCAGCGAACGAACGAUACAAAAGCCUCAAUGCUCAGAGAAAGACCUUUCGGCACGUCGAGAGGAGUUGGCCCGAGUCAUACACGAAUUGAAGAACAUCAUUGCCCAGAAUGAGACCUAUGUAUCGCCAUCUGAUUCAGCAAUCAUGAACGAUCUGAUUCUUGUCUGCGCGAUGUUCAACGAUUCCAAAGUAGCAGUUCAGCUUCGUCCCAGUCGGUUUGAUCAUUAUCAUUACGUGAUCUGCCUGUGCCGCGGCUAUGAAGGGGAAAGGUUGCGUUCUUUGGUCAAAAAUGGCGUUUGCGCAAAAGUCGUGAUGACCAGGCAACUCUCUAGCUGCGAACAGGGCAUCGAAUUGUGGCUGUACAAGUGGACUUCGUCGGUUGGAGAUCACCCGACGCCGCAUUCAGUGGCAGGAUCGUUGGCUUGGCUACGUGACGAGCCAACGAUGGGAAGCGGGACAAAGGAAGGUAUUUCAGAAUUCUCAAAAGCUAGCGAUCAAAUGGCUACAAAUAUGGCUGCUGAUAUUUCCGAUUGGACCUGCGAAGAAUCAUUGUCAGCAGACAGCACCCCAGACAAUAAUCAAAACGGCGACUUUACCGGAAUCAAAACGCGCCUUGGCGUUUACUCGUAUUGUUGGAAACAGUUGGGAGCAAGGUGGAAAAGCCUGAUGGAGGUUAGCCAGGGCGAUAUAUCGAAGGAAUCAAGAUCUUUGGAGAAGAAUAGCUCGGUUGCCAAGAGCACUCUUUCGCUUUGCGAGAAGGCGCAUGAACUCUGUCAGAUGCAUUCCGAUCGGCCUCUUCUAGAGACUGACAUUCUGUCAAUCGUAGAAAAUUAUUUCUGGGAAGCUGUGGACAUCCGCCAAGGGAUGAAGAACCAAAAUGCGCCAACCGGUGGAACGAGUGUUGAGGUUACGAAGCCUUCGACAAACGAGGAUGUAAACGGCAUUGAUCCGAUGGAGGCCGUUCGGGAGGCUUCGAGCAGGCUUGGGAAGAUGAGCGACAUGUUGAUUUCACUCAUCAUGGUGAAAAAGCUAUCCAUCGAUGCUUUCAACCAAGUACAGGACCAAGUACUGGGACGCCGGUAG